AUGCCAGGAGCAGGAGGAUUCGGCGGUGGAGGAUUUGGUGGAUUUGGUGGUGGUGGAUUUGGCGGUGGUGGUGAAUACGGCGGUGGUGGUGGAUACGGCGGUGGUGGUGGAUACGGCUCAGGUGGUGAAUCCGGGUCAGGUGGUGAAUACGGCUCAGGUGGUGAAUCCGGGUCAGGUGGUGAAUCCGGGUCAGGUGGUGAAUCCGGGUCAGGUGGUGAAUCCGGGUCAGGUGGUGCAUCCGGGUCAGGUGGUGAAUCCGGGUCAGGUGGUGAAUCCGGGUCAGGUGGUGCAUCCGGGUCAGGUGGUGCAUCCGGGUCAGGUGGUGAAUCCGGGUCAGGUGGUGCAUCCGGGUCAGGUGGUGCAUCCGGGUCAGGUGGUGAAUCCGGGUCAGGUGGUGCAUCCGGGUCAGGUGGUGCAUCCGGGUCAGGUGGUGCAUCCGGGUCAGGUAGUGAAUCCGGGUCAGGUAGUGAAUCCGGGUCAUCUACGCAAGGGGGGUCGACCGCGCCGAGCGACUCCACUACGCCAGAGGGCCCAACCGCGUCAGGCCAACCAACUGUGCCAGGCAAGCCGACUACGCCAGGUGCGCCCACCACGCCAGGUGCGCCCACCACGCCAGACGGCCCAGCCGACUCAACUGAUUCAAGCGACCCAGAUGGACCAACCCCGUCGGCAGCGCCACCCAAGCCAUCUAAGCCGAAGCCAAGCGGACACUAG